AUGGCGCCUUCUCCGAGACCUCUCACCAGGCUGCGGUCACCAGAGAUGCUGCUCUGGGGCGUCCUGGUCCUCCUCAUCUCCGGCCCAGGAGUACAGUGCUUUAGUGAACUAUUCUUUAUAAAAGAGCCACAGGAUGUAACUGUCACAAGAAAGGACCCAGUGGUUUUGGAUUGCCAGGCACAUGGAGAACUUCCUAUUAAGAUCACAUGGCUAAAAAACGGAGCCAAAGUUUCUGAAAAUAAACGGAUCCAUGCUUUAUCUAAUGGCUCUUUAUACAUCAGUGAGGUAGAAGGCAAAGAAGAAGAACCAUCUGAUGAAGGAUUUUACCAGUGUUUGGCUCUGAACAAAUAUGGGGCCAUUUUGAGCCAAAAAGCUCAUCUGACAUUAGCAACCAUCUCCACAUUUGAAAUUCAGCCAGAUUCAAUUGAGGUCCAAGAAGGUGGGGUUGCAAGACUUGCCUGUAAGAUUACUUCACACCCUCCUGCUAUCAUAACUUGGGAAUUAAAUCGAACAAGCCUACCAUUGGUUAUGGACAGGAUAACAGCUCUGCCAUCAGGAGUGUUACAAAUCUAUGGUGUUGACCAAACAGAUGCUGGGAAUUAUCGUUGUGUUGCUACUACUAUAGCCAAUAGACGUAAAAGCAUAGAGGCUACUGUAACUGUCAUCCCAGCCAAAGAGUCCAGGUCUUUCCACAAACCAACUAUUAUAGCAGGUCCACAGAAUAUAACCACUUCUCUGCAUCAGACUGUUGUUUUGGAAUGUAUGGCUACUGGAAAUCCUAAGCCAAUCAUUUCUUGGAGCCGUCUGGAUCACAAGUCCAUUGAUGUGUUUAAUACUCGAGUACUUGGAAAUGGGAAUCUCAUGAUAUCUGAUGUGAAGCUGCAGCAUGCGGGGAUAUAUAUCUGUCGUGCCUCUACUCCAGGCACACGCAACUUCACAGUUGCCAUGGCAACUCUGACUGUGCUAGCUCCUCCUUCAUUUGUGGAAUGGCCAGAAAGUUUAACGAGACCCCGAGCUGGCACUGCUCGUUUUGUAUGUCAGGCAGAGGGAAUUCCCUCACCCAAAAUGUCAUGGCUGAAAAACGGAAGAAGGAUCCAUUCAAAUGGAAGAAUAAAAAUGUAUAACAGCAAAUUGGUCAUUAACCAGAUUAUUCCUGAAGACGAUGCUAUUUACCAAUGUAUGGCUGAGAAUAGCCAAGGAUCUAUUUUGUCCAGAGCCAGACUGACUGUAGUAAUGUCAGAGGACAGACCUGGUGCUCCUUGUAAUGUUCAUGCUGAAACUAUGUCAAGUUCAGCCAUCCUUUUGGCUUGGGAGAGGCCACUUUACAAUUCUGACAAAGUCAUUGCUUAUUCAGUACACUAUAUGAAAGCAGAAGGUUUAAAUAAUGAAGAGUAUCAAGUAGUCAUUGGAAAUGAUACAACCCAUUAUAUUAUUGAUGACUUAGAGCCAGCCAGCAAUUAUACUUUUUAUAUUGUGGCAUAUAUGCCAAUGGGAGCCAGCCAGAUGUCUGAUCAUGUGACUCAGAAUACACUUGAAGAUGUUCCUUUAAGACCUCCUGAAAUUAGUUUGACAAGUCGAAGCCCCACAGACAUUCUCAUCUCUUGGCUACCAAUCCCAGCCAAAUACCGGCGAGGCCAAGUUAUACUUUAUCGGGUGUCCUUUCGAAUCAGUACAGAGAGCUCUAUCCAAGUUCUGGAACUUCCAGGAACCAUUCAUGAAUACCUCUUGGAGGGCCUGAAACCUGAUAGUGUCUACCUGGUGAGAAUUACUGCUGCAACGAGAGUGGGUUUGGGAGAGGCAUCAGUGUGGACUUCACAUAGGACGCCAAAAGCUACAAGUGUGAAAGCCCCAAAGUCUCCAGAGUUACGUUUGGAGCCUCUGAAUUGUACCACCAUUACAGUGAGGUGGCAACAAGACUCCGAAGACACAGCAACUGUUCAGGGUUACAAGUUAUACUACAAAGAGGAAGGGCAACAGGAGAAUGGACCAAUUCUUUUGGAUGCUAGUGACUUUCUUCAUACUAUUAGUGGUUUAGAUCCAAGAAGCAAAUAUCAUGUGAGGUUGAUGGCAUAUAACAAUAUGGAAGAUGGCUAUCAGGCAGACCAAACAGUCAGUACUCCAGGAUGUGUUUCUGUUCGCGAUCGUAUGGUUCCUCCACCACCACCCCCCCAUCAUCUUUAUGCUAAGACUAAUACCUCAUCUUCUAUCUACCUGCACUGGGGGAGGCCUGCAUUUACCUCUGCACAGAUAAUUAACUACACUAUCCGCUGUAACCCUGUGGGCCUUCAGAAUGCUUCUUUGGUUCAGUACUUCCAAACAUCAGAAACUCAUAUGUUGGUUCAAAGCCUAGAACCAAAUACCAAAUAUGAAUUUGCUGUUCGUUUGCAUGUGGAUCAACUCUCCAGUCCCUGGAGCCCUGUAGUUUACCAUUCAACACUUCCAGAAGCACCAACAGGCCCACCAGUUGGAGUGAAGGUGACUUUGAUAGAGGAUGACACUGCUUUAGUUUCUUGGAAGCCCCCUGAUGGUCCUGAAACAGUUGUGACUCGUUACACUAUCCUGUAUGCAUCUAGGAAGGCCUGGAUUGCUGGAGAGUGGCAGGUUCUACACCGAGAAGGAGCGAUAACCAUGGCUUUGCUAGAAAAUCUGGUGGCAGGAAACGUCUACAUUGUCAAGAUAGCAGCAUCCAACGAAGUGGGAGAGGGACCCUUCUCAAAUUCGGUAGAGCUCGCAGUUCUUCCAAAGGAAACCUCUGAAUCAAAUCAAAGGCCAAAACGUUUAGAUUCUGCUGAUGCCAAAGCUUAUUCCGGUUAUUAUCAGUUGGACCAGAAGUCCAUGACUGGCAUUGUUGUUGGUGUUUGCAUAGCACUGACUUGCAUACUUAUCUGUAUCCUCAUUUUGAUCUAUCGAAGCAAAGCCAGGAAAACAUCUGCUUCUAAAACUUCACAAACAGGAACUGAGCAGUUAUCUCGAACCAGUGCCUCAUUAGCCUGUGGGAAUGAGAAGAGGAAGAACCUGGAUGGAAUUGUAGAGAAUGAAGAAUCCUUACUACCAAUGAUAGCACAAAAUAGCUUCAUUGAUGCAAAGGGUGGAACUGACCUAAUUAUUAAUAGCUAUGGUCCUGUAACAAAAAGUAACCCUAAGAAGAAAUGGCUCUUUUUUCAGGACACUAAGAAGGUGAAAAUUGAACAGCCUCAAAGAAGAUUUGUACAAACAGUCUGCUUUUAUCAGCCAGGCACUACUGUAUUAAUAAGUGAUGAAGACUCCCCCUGUUCUCCAGGCCAACCAACCAGUUUCCAAAUGCCCUUUGGGAUUACAGCUGACACAGAGCAUUCAGCAAAUAGUGAAGGAAGCCAUGAGACCGGAGAUUCUGGAAGAUUCUCUCAUGAGUCUAAUGAUGAGUUACACCUCUCUUCAGUUAUAAGUACCACACCCCCUACCUCCAAUUCCUUCUUAGGCAGUGAUUCAGGUAGAGAUCCUGCCAUGAAUAAGUGUGAAGACGCUUCAUUGCAAUUGGCUGCUGAGCAGACUUCUACCUCAUCUUUACAAUUACACUCUGCAAUGCUGUGCUUUGAUAAAAAUGAGUUUCCAGUCUAG